AUGAUAAGCGAACAAAUUUAAUCAAUUACAUCAAUAGUUCAUAAUGGUACCAAAUUGAUAUUAUAAAGAGUUCUAUAUAAAAAGUGGUAAUGGACCAUGGAUACAAAGAAAUAUUUUUGAGAAUGUUGAAUAUGAUGAAUAUGAGAAUAAACAAAUAGAGAUAUUAUAAUAGAAAAUAGGAGAGAAAGGAUUAAAGAUUAAUUUAAAGAGAAGUACAUUAUUGAAGAUGUUGAUGGCAGCUUAAUAUGAUGUAGAAAGAGCAAUAAUAGUAUUGUAAUAAAAAUAUUAGAUAAUUAGAAUUGUUAAUUACACUUAAAGUUUCUUAAAGAAUAUAAAAAGAGUGAUUAUUAGAAGGAUUUGGUUAAAGGCUAUUUAUAUGUAUGUGGAUUUGAUAACUAAUACAGACCAGUUAUAAUAUUUAGAUAAUAUUGUGAUAUCAAAAUAAUUACUUAUUUUUUAGAAACAGUUAGGAGAUCACUUUUAAUAGAUUAUUAUGUUGAAAAUUGGACAGUCAUAAUAGAUUUAGAAUUAGAUUUACCAGUAUUAGAAUUAGAAGAUCUAUUAUAUUUAUAGCUAUAAUUUUAUGGGAAUUUGAAUAAAAUGUUAAUAAUAAAUGGUCCAGAUGACAUUUAAGUAAUAUUGAAAUAAUUUACUGGUUAUUAUAUUUAAAUUUAUGAUUAGAUAAAUUUCCAGAUCUUAGUGUUAAAUUAUAAGUGAUAACUGAAUAUUCCUAAUUAUUAUAGUAUAUUCCAAAAGAUUAAUUAGAGAUUAAAUAUGGUGGAGAUUAAUCAAAUUUAAUAUAAUUUUGGUAUUACAUUUAAAAAUAUUAUAGGCCAUUGUAGAAAAGAGAAGGUGUUUCUGGAUUAUUAAAUGGGAAUAAUAAUAAAACUUCACAUCUCUCUAUAGCUUCAUUAAAUAGUAGUUCUGUAAAUAAGAAGUCUAGUUUUAUGAAAAUUACUGUUUUAGAAGAGAAUGGAAAUCCCCUAUUAAAUUAAUAGAUGGCAGUAUUUGAGGAUAAAGUAUUAUAGUCAUCUGAAUCUUCUAUUUAAGAUUAAGCUCCUCUAUAAGAUUAUGAGGAGAAGUAUAAAUCUUAUUUAAGUACAUCAACAAAAAAGAAUUUUAUGGAUAAAGUAUAAUUGAUGGAUAUGGAUGAUUAAAAUGGUGAAGAAUAAUAAUCUAAAGAAAGUUAAAAUGAAAAUAAAAAGAAAAAGAAACAUAAAAUGGAUGAAAAAUAAAUAUAAAAUAGAAGAAUAAAUAUGGAAGGAGAAAAAGAAUCAAUAGUUGCUAAUCCAUCCUGUUGUUCAAAGAAUUGUUCCAUUUUUUGA